AUGAGUCCUACUCGCGAAGAUCUGGUCGCCACUGCAAAACUCUUCAUCGCAAAGUACAAUGAAUUCACCCCAGAAUCAAUAAUAUCAGUGCGCACCCCAAAUUCAGUCUCCCACCGCCUCUUCCCCACCAGGAAUGCCACGAGAAACAUCGGUGAAAGCAUGGAAGCCUGUGCCAACGCCAAGGAGGUCUUCAAGAGUUUAACCGUGUCAGUCAUUGACGACAACGACACCAUAGUGGAUGAGAGAACACGCAAGGUCGUCUUCUAUCUGGCUAGCAGAGGCGACACCAUUGUUGGCGAGUGGAAGUCCGAGUGUAUUUUCAUUUUCCAAAUGAGCGAGGACGGGAAGCUGGUGGACAGAAUAUGGGCGGGAUUUGACACGGCAUAUAUGGACGAGUUCGAGUCACGUCUCGAUGGGAUCACUUUUUGA